UUUUUUCAGAGUUCUCCAGGCAUUGCUUGUUUUAAUUCCGCCGGUGAUAACAACCCUUUCUGUUGUUGCAGUGGGGAUGGCUGUAAUUCUCGUUUUAUGCCUCCCUAUUGUGAAGCUUUGGGUAUUUGGAGUAAUUGGGGUGAUUGGUCUUCAUGUCCAUCCACAACAACCUCCUCAACUACGUUAAAUAUAAGACGCCGAUUACGCACCUGUAGCUCUUUCAGUGGUUGUGAUCAAAUGUCACAAUUUCAAUGCAUAGGGAAUUAUUCAGAAGUCCUUCCAUGUACCUCCACACCACCCCCGAGUAAUUCAACAAGUUCAAAUACUUCAAAUAUUCCCACACCCUCAGCAACAACACCUCCAACAAUAAAUACAGGCGUAGGAGGACCUAUAGUUGUUGAUCUGGUUCAAUCUGCUAAAAUAAUUGCUAGUGGGGCUUUGAGUGCCGGAUUGGUUCAGUCUAUGCAAGUUAAUUCUACUGGAUAA